AUGGGGACUUCGGGGAGCGAUGCGGCGGUCACAUACUUGGGGAAAGCUGAGGAAAGAGACGGGUGUUACGACCGGGAGCAUCUUUCCCCGCUGAUGGAGGAUGAGGAGAACGUGUCUCUGACAGACAUCCUGUCCCUGCGGGACACCUGUCUGUCUGAGGAGGAGGUGUGGGCAGUGUGUGCAGAGUGCGUCGUGGCGCUGCAGAGCAUCCGCCCCUCCCACCUCUUCCACACCCUGUGCAUCACGCCGGACACUCUGGCCUUCAAUGCCCAUGGGAAUGUGUGCUUCAUGGAGCAGCUCAGUGAUGAUCCCGAAGGCUCCUUCGUGCCCCCUGAGUUCGACAACACGGGCAGCACGUUCGAGGGCCAUGUUUACUCUCUGGGCUCUACGCUCUCUGCCGCACUGAACUUUGUCAUCGAGCCAGAGCUGGAGGCACAGCUGGGGGUAGAAAUCCAGAGGCUGCUGGAGCAGAUGCAGGAGGAGAAGCCCGAGGACAGGCCUCUGCUGCAGGACAUCCUAUGUCUGGCUGAAGCACGGCUGUCUCAUACCUCCCCUGCAGCUGUGGGCCGGAAGCUGUCUUCUGUUGGGCGACGGGUGCUCUCCCUCGAAUCAGUGUCAACCUUUCAAGACGGACAGGAAGGCUCCUGGGAGGCAAGAUGGCAGCAUCCCAAACCCAGAUGUCUGCUCAGAAGGCCGAGCUCGGAUGAUAAUACCAAGGACCUGUGCGCUGGCAUUUCUGUUAAAGCAAACGGUCUGUCCCGGCAGCAGGUGUUCGGCGGCUGGGAUUCCUCUCUCUGGACGGAGGAUGCAGACGGUGGGGAAGCAGACAGCGUGAUCCUGGCCGACGAGUUGGACUGCAGGUCCCACAACAGCUCCCCAGUGAGAAUGAGAGCCCAGCAGAGGCCGAGCAGGGUGAGGGGGGCCCUGAACCGCUCCUGCUCCGUCCCAGACUCCAACAACCCCCCUUGUCCGUUCCCGCCGACCCACGGAGACAUCAGCGUGCCCGUGUCCGACCUCACGGAGAUAGGAGCGGACGAGCGCUCGAGCGGCGCGUCCGCAUGGAGCGACAGGCUUCAAAGACUCGACCAGGGCCGCUCCUGUGAGUCGUACUUACGCGGCAGCGCUGAGGAUUGGGGCAACCGAAUGUCUCGGGGAAACCAGGAAGUGGCGGAGACGUGGCGCGGCGGGGAAACAAGGAUCCAAGGGGGCCAUGGGUGUGAAUCUCGGGACUGCACCCUGGAUUCGCCAUCUUCCUGCACCCCCCUGCUGGAAAUGGAACAGGACUCGUCUGAGGACCAGAGCUCCACAUUGAACCGCAGCCUCUAUGUUCCCAAUAACUACAUGACUAAAAGCAUGCUGUGCCUCAACAAAGAGUCUCAGGAUGAGUGGGUCUCUCUGAGAGAGCUACUGACUCGGUGUGGACGGAGGCUGACGGUCAAUGAGCUCUGGGCUCUGUGCUACACCUGUCUGUCCUCACUGCAGACCUACAUUGACUUUCCAGCCUACCUGUGCCCGGACACGCUGCACAUUGGCUGCAAGGGAGAAGUUCUUUUCCUGAAGCCUAAAAACAUCGGAUCCCGAGAUGCAUUUUAUCUCGCUCCAGAAUAUCAAGAACAUGGAAUUGUCACUGAGAAGGUUUGUGUCUAUGGGGUCGCUGCUGUUCUCUGGGCGACCGCCAAGUUCAGUUUAUCACCUCAUCAAAAACUGGCGAUGCCUCGCAGACUGAAGACACUGCUGCUGGAGAUGGCAAAGAGGACGCCCAUCGAGAGACCGACCAUCGCCACGGCGAAAAGAAACUGUUGUGACUACUUAUCACGUCGAGGGACAAACGCUGAGGCCGUGUGGAAAGACCUCAUCAGCCGAGUUCACCCGCCAGCCUCCAAAUCCAUAGACGCAGAUGAUUUGAGUGCAGCUGACACUCAACAAAGCUCAUCCGAAGAGUCUGCACGAAACCGCGGCUUUGUGCCCAUGGCCUCUGAGAGCCGACUGGCUCCUGUGCCUGGCCCUGUUCCCCACAGCUAUGCAGUCAGCAAAGACCUCCAACCCCCAGAGGCCUUCACUUCCACUGCCACACACUUCACCCCCAUCAUCCUGACAAAUGAGGAGGAGGACUCAGUGGACGGGGAUGAGAGCCAGCACCAUGGAGCUGCCAUUGAAGGGGAUUGCGCAUUUUACAGGACAAAAAGUGACUCCAUGGAGGACAGGGACCUCGACUCCACUCUCCACUUUCACUCUGCUCACGCAUGGCCUGCACAGAAUGAACCUGAUCCGCGUGCACAGGAGUCGCCCGUCUAUCAGACGGUCAUAACCACAACUUCCGGCGACCACUUUCCGAUCCACUAUGCUUUCACGCUCCCCGAUGUUUCCUGUGUUGAAGUCUCUCUUCCUCCGACGUUACCCGCUGACCUCGGCGGUUGCAGCAGUUUGAACAUUUUCCUCUUCCGUCAGGAUCCCACGACGGGCCAUCUCGCCCUAGUGCCUGAGCGGGUCACGGCCCCCCAGUCUCUCCUUGGGUUGGAUAUAAAUCUCUCCCUCGUACCGCAGCCUUUGCAGGGACUAAUCGCCGGUCUGGAGAGCACCGACGGCCCAUUCAUCAACUGUUUGGAUGCGCCCGCGAGGCCUGGACCCCGGGAUUGUGGUGUGCUCAGCGUACCAACAAACCCAGGGACACCGGGCGAGAACCAGCCUCCUUCAGAGUCCAUCCCCCCGAAAGGCCACCUGGAACUGCAGGAGGUGAUUGCGCUGCUCAACGGAGAGCUUUCGCUCGAUGGGCAUGUGGACAAUGGACAUGAGGACAUAGCCAUGGGAGAGUGCAUCUUCUCUUUGAAGGACUUCCAGUACCACACGUUUGCCAGUGUUGUGAAGGAGAGGUUCAGCCAUCUGUACUGGGAAGACGACCUGCUCGGUGUACUGCACUGCCUGGUUAAUUCCAGCCCGUCCACACUUGGCUCUAAUGAGCAGCCUCCAUCAAAGGCUGUGAAAAGGGCAGCCCUCACUCCACCCUCGGGAGCCACCGUCCGGGAAGGGGAGGGAGAAGUUCUCCUGCGCGGUCAUCUCGACCUGAAUGGGAACAUUCGCACGUCCGAUCCUGCCGCUGUGGGUCGUUGGACGGAGGGAGCCGAGGCCCUGCCCCAUCAUGGAGGACAGGAGGCUGCGCUCCAGGAUUUCGAUUUAAGAUCAGAGGAGAGUCGCCGCUGCAUGUUUCAAGGCAUGAGCACCGACAGUCCUGAAGCGGCAGCCAUGGAGGGAGGCGAGCAGGAAUCAGCGGGCGGUAGCGAUGAAAGCCCCUCUGAAGCAGAGCUUCCGCCGGGGAGGGAGGAAGGGCGGCCGAGCCCCGACUGCUUUGAGGACAUGGAGGACAGUGACUCCCUGGUGUCAGAGCGACCCGUCUCGCCCGGGUACAGAGCGGAGGGGCCGGGCCUCGGCUUUGGCCCGGCCUGGGCCUUGGCCUUUUUCGAGGAAGAGUGCUUUGGCCCCGAGGUGAUCCAGUACGCAAUGAGUCUGGGGCAGCACAUGGGCUCACCGUGUCUGGAUGUGAAAUCCCAGGAGCUACAGCAGCAGCUGACGAUUGAAACAAGGAAUCUGAAGAAGACGAAAAAUUUCUUCCAGAAGCUGAUUCAACAAGAGAGGAAAAACAAAGGUGACAACGAGCUGAUGCUGUCCAAACUCAAGUCCCAGCUCGAGGAGCUCCGAUCCAAAGUGGUCUUCUUAGAUUGUGUGAAGAAGUAUCUUGAGAUUCUGUGUGUGGACCAGUGGGGUCUGGAGGUUUCAUUGCUGCCUGCUUUGGCUGUCUGUGGACCCGGUUCUCUGGACUUCCAGUCUGAGGACUCGUCUUGCCUGAGCUUUGGGACCAGCAAAGGGAAGAGCACUCUGCAAGCUGGGACUCCUCUGGGCCUCAUGGCUUACCUCUAUGCCAGAAACGCUACCAUGGAGGGCUUCAUCCAGCAGUUCCUGUACGUCUAUCGUUUCCUCUGCACUCCCGAGGAGCUCCUGCAGUUCAUCAUGGAUAAAUUCACCUGUGCCACAAGACAAGGUCCAGACAUGUCGGGAGACGGUGUGAAGGUCUUCCAUCGCAGUUUGGACCUGCUCCAGUUCUGGAUAACGGACUGUAGACAGGUGGACUUCACAGCCAAGUCCAGCCUCGUGGAUACGUUGGAAAACUUCCUCAAUGACGAGGUGAUUCCUGUCAACAGCCGAGGGGAGGCCCUUCUUGCCGCUCUCCACAGCCCCCCUUGUGCGACUUGGAUCCAAGGACGAGGGAGCCUGAUCAGCUUUGAGGAAGAGGACGAUUCUGCGUGUGUACAUUCAUCUACUGAGGAUCUCGGGAGGAAGUGGAGAUUCUCCAGAGUGGUGGAGCCCAAAGACAUGGCCUUCACCCUCGCCGCAGUCCUGCCCAUGCCUUGCUACGGCUCCCUGGUGGACGACCUCUCCAGCGGCCGCCUGCAGAGUGAGGAGUGGCUCCCCUUCAGCUGCCAUGGAAGCGGCGCGCAGAACGUAAGCCGGCAGCUCACCCUGCUGCAGCAGGAGAUGUUCCAAGGAUGUCACCCGGUUAAUUUUCUCAACUCCAGAAUACAAGGAAUCAGGGACAAGGUCUCGACCCCGAACAGGAACGUGUCUCGGCACAUCCCGCCAGCAGAGGGCAGCGGUCUACUUGUGCGUGAGGAGACACUGUCAGAUGGCCGCCUCCAGCAGCUGCUCACAUAUGCUGACAGUGUCGCUAACUGGAUCUCUGCUGAAGUAGUCAUCUGUGACUCCGUCAAGACACAAGUUGCUUUGCUGACCAAGUAUCUGUAUAUCGGGAAACACUGCUACGAAUCGAGGAACUUCGCCACCGCCAUGCAGGUCCUCGGAGGUCUGGAGAACGUGAUUGUCAGGCAAUUACCAGCUUGGAAACAUCUGUCUACUAAGGUGUGCGAGAUCCUGGAGGAGCUACGAGCUGUACAGGUGUUUCUGAAGAGUGACGACCUGUGUCUGAUGGGAGGGGAACACGCGAGGAGGAGGCCCACCCUGCCGUCGACGCACAUCCUGGCCAUGCACGUCCAGCAGCUGGAGAUCGGAGCCUUCACGCUCACUACCGGAGCUUACAAGUGGACCAAGCUCAGGAGUAUAGCGAAGGUCGUGUGUCAGGUCCACGCCUUCCAGGAGGCUGUGUACCCCUACAGCCCGGACCGGGAGCUGCAGGCCUACCUUCAGCGUCGCAUCGCCCGGCUCGCCACCUCCGACAUCCACCUCUUGGCCGCCGACAGCGACGCUGGCCUCCAGCAGACGAGCGAGCGGCAAACGCGGAAGAUGAAGGACAAGCUGAAGAGGGUGAAGGCCACUUUCCAAUGA